ACAUCUAUCCGAUCAGACGAACUCGUUCCGGACCAUGGGGCCAAGCUUGUCUGGCCCCUGGAGUCCAAGUCUGAAGCGUCUCUCCUCAAAUAUUACCUCAGAACGCUCGCUCCAUGGUUUGACUACUGUGACCCGCAACAGCACUUCCGCACUUACAUUGCGAAUAAUACUGCUACAGAUAUCACGCUUCUGUAUGCUGUUCUCGCAGUCUCUGCUCGGCAUCAAAGCAAAUCCUUAAAGACACAGAGCCACAUCGCAGAUGAAUACCAAAAGCGCUGCCUUAUCGUACUAAUUGCAAUGGAAGAGCCACCCGAAGCGGGGAUUUGCACCCAUACACUGUCCGCCCAACUUCUUCUUCGCAUCAGAGAAGGUCACGUCUCUCACUCCAGUUUCGCAGAUGCCGCAUUCAUCGUCAUACUACGACAAGAGAUUUACGUAGCUAAUGUCACUCAGCGACCAGUUGGCAACUUUGUAGAUCACUGUAACAUCGACACAGGCUUGGGGCCAACUUCCGAAAGGAUGUGGGCCCUUCGAGCUAUGGCUCAUGCAGCAAAGGCGACAGAUCUCGCAUAUGGCGAUGAUGCACCAUCAUCGAGGUCUCAAUGGUCUACUUUGAUGGAAUACAUUGAAGACUGGGAACGUCUCUGCCCGGAGUCAUUCCGGCCGGUUUACUACCAAGAUCGAGUUUCUGCAUCCAAUCCGUUUCCUCAUAUGUGGUACGCUCAUGAUUACCACGCUGCAGCGCGUCAGCACAUCGAACUUGCGCGCGUUCUUCUGCUUGCUUCCAAUAGUCAGAGCUGCUUUGCCCGAAUGCGACAAACAAGAAUGGGAUGCAGCAACGACGAACGGAUCCGGGACAGCGUCCGGGUGAUCUGUGGGGUCUCCAUGUCCAACCCAGAAUUUGUGCCGGCAGGGAUUGCCGCCGGGCUGGUCAUUGCGGUAAUCGGAGAACUGUUCGAUGAUCCAACAGAAACUAAGAUCUUACUUGACUUGCUCUCCGAUGCGGAAGCCCAUCUGGGAUGGCCAAGUCUGAAGGUAAAGGAGCAUCUGCAAGGACUAUGGCGAUUGUGA